AUGCGGCGUAAAAAUACUACAAGAUACGAUACCGAUGAAUACUCUUCUGAAGAGAGCGAUGAUCAUAAGCCAAAGAGAAGGUCCUUGAAAAGAGCAUCAUACAAGGAAGAGGAUGAUGAAGACGAUGAAUACAAUGAAUUUGAGAAAGCAGUUAAUGAAGAAGUGGAUUUAGCAAAGAACACUGUUAGCCAGAACAAUGGCAAUUCAAGUGAACAAAAUGGCCAUGAAGUUGGAAAUGAAGGGAGAGAGGUUGCUGUGAAGAAUGAAGAAGAAGAACAUGAUGAAGAAGAGGAGGAGGAGGAGGAAGAUCCACUUGCUGAGCCCUCCUCGCCAGAAAAAGAUGAUGACGACGAAGAGGAUUAUAACGAGGAUGCAUUCAAUGACGAGUCUGACGAGGAUGAGGUUUCUCGACCAAGGAAAAGGAAGCGUCAACUGAACUCACAAGGAAGAAGUAGGAGUCGCAGACGACAUGUGGAGUCCGAUGACGAAGACUUUCAUGGUAGCGAUGAUGACGACGACGACGAUGAUGAUGAUGAUCUCUUGCUUGAUGACGACGAUUUUGUUGAGAGAAAAAAACGUGAGGCAUUUAUCGUGGAGGACGAGAAUGAAUGGGACGAAGAAGAUGAUAUUCUGUUUGGAUCGAAAUCGAAAUCGAAAUCUAAACCGAGAUCGAGAUCAAAAUCGAAAAAGAAAAGAAAUAAUAAUACAACGAGAAAGGAAAGAACACAAACUCCAGAGGCAAGACGAACUACACGAUCGGGUAAGUUUCUCGAAGAAACUGAUAAUUUGGUCAAUACAACGAUUGAAGAAGGCGAUGACGAUGAUAUUAAGCGCGAAAUUGCAGAACUAUACGAUUCCUCACCGAUCCAUGAAUCAGAACCGGCCCCACACAAGUUACGACAGCGCGCUCGUGUCGACUAUACAAUUCCGCCUCCAAUAAUGAAUGAUAUUCCGAUUGAGAGAACAACUACUCCAACCGGUGUUAGAGGUAGGAGAGGUAGACCAGCAAGGCAAAACGAAUUUAGACAGCUAUUGUACCCAACGGCAGGUCCCUUUGGUGGUAGCGACGUAAUAUCACUAUUUGGAACAAACAUUCCUCCAGGAGGGAUCCCAUUACCAGGAGUCAACAAUGAGAACAACUUGACUGCCAUAGGAAAUAACAUUAGUGAUUCAGAUUCUUCUGAAGAUGAAAUAGCUCCAAUCAAUGGUGAAGCAACAGUUUCGAAAAAAGUACCGAAAAAGGACAAGACUACCGGGGGCAAAUUAAUAACUGGUGGGUCAGAUGACAAGAAAAAGAAGAAUAACCUUAGUGAUACCGAUCCUUUGGGUGUCGAUAUGAAUAUUGAUUUUUCUGCAGUUGGAGGUUUGGACAACUAUAUUAAUCAAUUGAAAGAGAUGGUUGCGUUGCCAUUGUUGUACCCUGAACUUUACCAAAACUUUGCGAUUACUCCACCAAGAGGUGUAUUGUUCCAUGGUCCCCCUGGUACAGGUAAGACUUUGAUGGCUAGAGCCCUUGCUGCAAGCUGUUCCACUUCUGAGAGAAAAAUCACGUUCUUUAUGAGAAAAGGUGCUGAUUGUUUGAGUAAAUGGGUUGGUGAGGCAGAAAGACAGCUUCGAUUGCUUUUUGAAGAAGCGAAAAACCAACAACCAUCGAUUAUAUUCUUUGAUGAAAUUGAUGGGUUAGCACCUGUGCGUUCAUCAAAGCAGGAACAGAUCCACGCCAGUAUUGUGUCCACUUUAUUGGCCUUGAUGGAUGGGAUGGAUAAUAGAGGACAAGUUAUUGUGAUUGGUGCGACAAACAGACCAGAUGCAGUAGACCCGGCAUUAAGAAGACCAGGUCGAUUUGAUAGAGAGUUUUACUUUCCACUUCCUGAUAUCAAUGCUCGUAAAGAGAUUUUGAAGAUCCAAACGCGGAAAUGGGUCCCUUCUUUAGACGAUACAUUUAUAGGCCAUUUGGCAGAGCUCACUAAGGGAUACGGAGGUGCGGAUUUGAGAGCAUUGUGUACAGAGGCAGCACUCAAUAGUAUCCAACGGAAAUACCCACAAAUAUAUGAAAGCAACCACAAAUUGCAAGUCAAUCCAUCAAAAGUCAAAGUGAUUGCCAAAGAUUUUAUGCAAGCUUUGGAUAAAAUUGUUCCUUCGAGCGCACGAUCUACUUCGGGAGGUUCAUCUCCUCUUCCUGACCGCUUAAAGCCAUUGUUAGAGCACGAAUUCAAUCAUAUCAUUACUAAAUUGAAUAAUUUGCUUCCGGCCUCAUCUUCUUCAAUUUCCUCCACCUUAGUAGGAGGAAAAAAGAAAAUGACUGCAUUGGAAGAGGCAAAGUACUUGGAUCCAACAAUCAAUGAUCCCGAUGGUGGAUUUUACAAGCAGCAGCUCUUGAAAAACUUGGAAAGUUCAAGAGUUUGUAAACCUCAUUUAUUGAUAAGCGGGGCUGAGGGUAAUGGCCAGCAAUACCUCGGUGCAGCCAUUCUCAAUUAUUUAGAGGGUUUUCAAGUACAAUCUUUAGAUUUAGGAACGAUGUUUGGAGACUCCACUCGCACGCCCGAGCUGACUAUAAUCCAAGCAUUCAUUGAAGCCAAGAGACACCAACCCGCAAUUAUCUUGAUUCCUAGUAUAGAUGUGUGGUUUGAGGUUUUACCGUUUUCGGCAAAAGCAACGUUGACUAGCUUGCUUCGUGGCCUCAAGAGCAAUGAAAAAGUGUUAUUGCUUGGUAUUGCCGAGUGUCCAGUAGGCGACUUGCCCCAUGAUAUCAGAGCAUUAUUUGGAUUCGAAAGUCCAACAAAUAAUAUCUCAUUAAGAAUUCCGACAAGAGAAGAAAGAGAUAAAUUCUUUGAAACCUUGUGGAAAACACUUGCCAUGAGACCUUUUGAAUUUAUCAAUGACUUACAAAAUAGACCAAAAAGAAAACUAAAGGUGUUGCCAAUUGUCGAGCAAGAGAUUAAUGCAUCAGAUGGGGAAAUUGCCAAGAGGAAAUUGAAAGAACAAGAGUAUAACGAUACAAAAUUAAAGAAUGUGCUCAAGAUUAAGUUGGCAAGUUUGAUGGAUUUAUUCAAAGUGCGUUAUAAACGAUUUAAGAAGCCAAUUGUUGACGAGAACUUACUUUACCAUUUGUUUGAUCCUUCUGUUUUGGACAACCCGCUCAACAACUACCAAGUUUUGUACAUUCGUUCAGAGGAUCCCGGUUGUGAAAAUAUGAUCAAGGAUUUAACCACGGGCCAUAAUUAUUAUAAUAUGGACUUGGAUACUAUUGAGGAGCGGUUGUGGAAUGGGUUUUAUAGUGAGCCUAAGCAAUUUUUAAAAGAUUUGAGGCUAAUUUUGAAAGAUAGCAUUACUUCUGGUGACCGCGAUCGUGUUUUAAAGGCAAACGAAAUGAUUACAAAUGCACAAUUUGGUAUCGACGAUUUCUCAACUCCCGAGUUUAUCAAAUCGUGUAAAGAGAUGAGAGAACGGGAUUUGAUUAGGCAAAAGAAAUUGCUUAGUGAGCAUGAAAAGUUGAAGCAAAAGUUAGUAGCAGCAGAUGCAACUCUUCUUGAUCAAGCCAAGAUAUUGGCACCUGCUGAAGAAGGCCACAACAACAACAGCAACACGGAAGUGGUGGCACCCAACAGUGAAAUAAAAGCUGACACUGAGCAACCACAGGGCAACAAUAGUUCUAUACACAUGGUAUUGAGUAGUAAUAGAGUAGAUGAACCUGUGAGGGUUGAAUCAAAUAUUAACGGUAUUAUCAAUGAUACUGGCGAUAAUAAUACUACUGCUACUACUACUUCUACUAUUGCUACUGCUACUAUUAACAACAACAACAACGAUCUUAGCAGAAACAAUGAAUCAAUUGCUCUGCAAGAUGGCAAGAAUGUUACAGAAGCCGAAAAGUUAGGAGAUGUUGCUAUGGAAGAAGAUUCAGAAUCUGAAGCUGAAUCUGAAGUAAAUUUUGACACUACUAAGGAGGUCAAGCUCGAUACAGUUGAAGUAGAUGCAUUAAAAAACAAGGUUUUGGAAUUCACUGAGAGUUACAAUGUUGAGAAAUUAGAACUUGUGAUGGCUAGACUAAUGGAUGUUAUCUGGACAGACAGAAACGAGUGGAACAAAGCAUCAACUUUGAAAGCGAUUAAACAAACCAUUUUGUCUUUAGAACAAACUUUAUAA